AUGGAGGCUCCGGGCCGGGCCGCUCGGCGGGGCCGCGGCGUUGCAGCGGGCGCAGCGCUCGGGGCCGGGCCGGGCCGGGCCGUGCCGUGCUCAGCGCCCCCCCCUUGCCCCCCCCCCCCCCGCCCCCCCUUCCCGGUCCCGUCCCCCCCCCCCACCGGGAAUUUUCCGAGCUCCGCCGGCGCUGCCCGGCCGCGGCAUCCGCGGGGCCAUGGAGACAAAGGCACCCGGGUGUUCAAGAAGGCGAGUCCCAACGGGAAGCUCACGGUCUACCUGGGGAAGCGGGACUUCGUGGACCACAUCGACGUGGUGGACCCCGUGGACGGAGUGGUGCUGGUGGAUCCCGAGUACCUGAAGGAGAGAAAAGUCUUCGUGACGCUGACCUGCGCCUUCCGCUACGGCCGCGAGGACCUGGAUGUGCUGGGGCUGACGUUCCGCAAGGACCUGUUCGUGGCCAACGUGCAGGCCUUCCCCCCGGUCCCCGAGGAGAAGAAGCCCCUGACGCGGCUGCAGGAGCGGCUGAUCAAGAAGCUGGGCGAGCACGCCUACCCCUUCACCUUCGAGAUUCCCCCCAACCUGCCUUGCUCCGUCACGCUGCAGCCGGGCCCCGAGGACACGGGGAAGGCCUGCGGUGUGGACUAUGAGGUCAAAGCUUUCUGUGCGGAGAACCUGGAGGAGAAAAUCCACAAGAGGAACUCGGUGCGCUUGGUCAUCCGCAAGGUGCAGUACGCCCCGGAGCGGCCCGGCCCCCAGCCCAUGGCGGAGACCACCCGGCAGUUCCUCAUGUCGGACAAGCCGCUGCACCUCGAGGCGUCCCUGGACAAGGAGAUCUACUACCACGGGGAGCCCAUCAGCGUCAACGUGCACGUCACCAACAACACCAACAAGACGGUGAAGAAGAUCAAAAUCUCAGUGCGCCAGUACGCCGACAUCUGCCUCUUCAACACCGCCCAAUACAAGUGCCCCGUGGCCGUGGAGGACGCCGACGACAUGGUGGCCCCGAGCUCGACCUUCUGCAAGGUGUACACCCUGACCCCCUUCCUCGCCAACAACCGGGAGAAGCGCGGGCUGGCGCUGGACGGCAAGCUGAAGCACGAGGACACCAACCUGGCCUCCAGCACGCUGCUGAGGGAUGGAGCCAACAAGGAGAUCCUGGGCAUUAUCGUGUCCUACAAGGUGAAGGUGAAGCUGGUGGUGUCGCGAGGAGGCCUGCUGGGAGACCUCGCCUCCAGCGACGUAGCGGUGGAGCUCCCCUUCACGCUGAUGCACCCCAAGCCCAGGGAGGAGCCGGCGCACCGGGACGUUCCAGAGAACGAAGCUCCCAUAGAUACCAACCUGAUAGAGCUCGACACAAAUGACGACGACAUCGUGUUCGAAGACUUUGCCCGGCAGCGGCUCAAAGGCAUGAAGGACGACAAGGAGGACGAGGAGGAGCGUACAAACUCCCCGCAGCUCAACGACAGAUAAGCGGCCCCCCCCCCCCCCCCUCUCCAAGCCCACCCCCCCGGCUGGGCCGGCGUGCGCCAGUAACACCCGUGCAUUAGGCUUCUUCUCUUUUGUAUGAUUAUUAAUUUUGUUUUCUACCUGUACCGGGAGCCUAUGGAUCACCCGAUCGCGACAGCAAUUAUAACCUUCCCGCUGUGCCGUGUUGUCACUCUUCAUCCAGCUGCUGUGUCCCGUGCAGGUCUGUGGGCACGUCCCCAGGGGGUGCUGGGGCUGGGGCGGGGGGGGGGGCUCAGCACCCCCGGCCCUCCCUCCCCGUCCAGCCCCUUCCUCGUGCACCCCGAGCCCUUUCCUAUGAGCUGCCUCUUUUACGCAUUUUAUAUCGUCCGCUCUCAACACCGGUUUGCUAUGGAGAGGGUGCGGGGAGGGGGGGGGGUGCAGAAGAACGGGGCGGGGGGGGGGGGGGGGACUUUUCUAGGCAGCCUGCUCAUGGGAAAGGGCACCCGCGCGCCUCGUCUGUCCCCCGCCUCCUGCCCACGGCCUGUCCCGUGCCUGGCCCCGCUGCAUGCCUUUUUCCCCCCCCCGGGGUGCACGAGCCUGGCUUGGACCCUCGGAUGCUGCCCGGGGCUGAGCCUGGUGCAGGGCUAGGAGGAAUAGGAGCACUCCCCCCUGCUCCUACCCCAAAUCCUCCUAAAGCAUCCAGCCCCGGGGAUUUGGCUCUUAACAUGCUGAUGGAGCCGUGCCGGGGCUGGGGAAGGGACCUGCAGCUCCCGUGGGUCAGUGCCCUCGGCUUCCCCCUGGGCUUCCACCAGGGAUGCUUUGUCCCACCCCGUCCCCAAAUCGAUGCUUCUCCCCCCUCUCUGUGCCUGCAUGGGCUAAAGCACCUCUUCGGGGCUGGGGGGGCGGAGAAGGGGAGCACAGCAUUCGCUGCCCUAACCCGUGUUUCACCAGAUGCUUGUGCCUCCCGGGUUGGGGGGUGCCGGUCCCGGGACCCCCCCCCCCCCCCCUUACCCCCUUGCAGGACCCUGUUGGGUCCCCAGGACGGAUUGUGCCCGGGGACCCGGCCCGUGCCAUGGUCCCCCCCAACCCAUGCUGGGGCUCGGGUCUCCCACAGUGCCCGGGAGACCCUCGCCACCGUUUGUCGUGCCGUUGCGGUCGGUGUUGUCAUCGGAGAGCUCCGUCCCUCUGCCUGGGGGUGGGGGGGGGGGGGCGCAGAGCUGAGCCCUCUUGUUUUUGGGUAGAGCUGACGGGCAGCGUGGUACUUCUUUUUGUAAAGUGGUUUCUUUGUACUGUU